AUGCAGGCUUCUCCACUUCAAACGAGUCAACCAACUCUACCUGAAGAACUUCAUACUGUUGGCUAUGUGUUUACAAAUGAUGGGCAGUAAAUGAGGGGUGAUGAAGUAAAUCAAGUUGCAACAGGGCUUCAAAGCAAAAAGAAACAUUCCAGAAAAUCCAAGAGACACUCUUCAUCUAAGAGAAGGAAGAGUAUGUCCCUGUGACUAGACAAACAGGAAGAUGCUGCAGUCACUCACAACAUCUGUGAAGAGAAGAUAAAUAACAGUCAACCAGCACCUGAUAAUGCCUUGCCGACUGCUCCACUAUGGCUUGAUGUUACCAUCACUCACAAUGUCCGUGAAGAGAGGAUGGAAAACUACCAACCCCAAACUGAUAAUGUCUUAUCAACUGUUCCACCACAGCUUGGUCAUAUGGCUGCAGCUCCAUCCACGAGUAUCAGGGAUCUGUAUUCCACCGUCACUCACAAUGUCCAUGAAGAGAAGAUGGAAAAUGACCAACCCCAACCUAAUAACGUCUUGUCAACUCUUACACCAGGGCUUAUUAAUUUGGCAGGAGCUGGUAUUCCACCCCUAAGUGCCAGGGAUCAGUUUGCCACCAUCAAUCACGAUGUCCAUGGAGAGAGGAUCCAAAAUGGCCAACUGCAACAGGAUGAUGUCUUAUCAAAUGUUCUAUCUGGGCUUAUUAAUAUGGCAGGAACUGGUAUUCCUGCAGUGAGUAACAGGGAUCUGUAUGUUACUAUCACACACAAUGUCCAUGAAGAGACGAUGGAAAAUGGCCAAUGCCAAACUGAUAAUGUUGAGUCAACUGUUCCACCGCAGCUUGUUCAUAUGGCAGCAGCUGGUAUUCCAUCCAUGAGUAGCAGGGAUCUGUAUUUUACCAUCACUCACAAUGUCUGUGGAGAAAAGACAAAAAAUGACCAAACAGCACCUGAUACAUUCUUGUCAACUGUUACAUCAGGGCUUAUGAAUUUCACAGGAGCUGGCAUUCCAUCCAAGAAUGUUACAGUCAUUCACAACGUCUGUGAAGAGAAGAUAAAUAACGAUCAACCAGCCCCUGAUAACGUCUCACCAACUGCUCCACCAUGGCUUGGUAAUAUGGCAGCAGCUGGAAUUUCAUCCAUGAGUACCAGGGAUCUGUAUGCUAUCGCCAAUCCCAAUGUCCAUGAAGAGAGGAUGGAAAAUAGCCAACUGCAACCAGAUAACGUCUUGUCAAAUGUUCUAUCAGGGCUUACUAAUAUGGUUUUAAAAAGUUGUCUUAAUUCAACAACUCGAGAAGGCACUUAA